GUGGGUUAAAUCAUUCCAUCCGGAGACGGGGGAAUCUGGUCGAACUUCUUCUUCCAAUCGUCGUGGAUCAUCCCGCCCGCGUCAUCGAUGACCGUGUAGCGGGCACGACACAAGGCCAAUCGUCUUGCCAGCAUCUCGUCCGCAUGGUCAACCAGUAGUCUCCCCGGCCCGCGCAAGGCUGGAUCCGAAGAAAUUGGGCGAAGCGCAGCUUCAUAUGGCUCUCCCCAAUCUCAAUCACCAACGGCUAGCUGUAUCCUAAUCCCCAACGCCAAAAAAUUGCCGGUCUACACUUAACGUUUAGCUGUAUCCUAAUCAUCAUCCGCAUGGUCAAUUACCAUGUAGCGAACACGACGCAAGGUCAUGAGCUCCGGACGCUCCAUGAAUUCGAUAAGACGACCGGGAGAAGCGAUGAGGAUAUCGCAGCCUUUGGCGAUUUACUCCAUCUGCUCCCUGCUGGGACCGUUAUCCAUCCAGUCAAUUGGUCGGCCCAGGGCGGUCCAUGAAAUCGAUCAGACGACUGGGAAAAGGGAUGAGGAUAUCGCAGCCUUUGGCAAAUUGUUCCAUGUGCUCUUGGUGGGAUUCCCAUCAGAACUUUUGCACUCUCCUGCUACAAAGACUGGCCGAGCUCACUUGUCUUCUUCUCCUCGUAUUGAUCCUGGUAGUACCUGACCUCGCCAACUGGGGCCGGGGUUGGAUCGUUGAAGAUGUUUUUUACGACAUCCUCCUCCUCCUGAGUCGCAAAUCUGCCAAUCCUGGGGCAGAGUUGGCGCAGGCGGGCAGCGAGGCUUCUGUGCUCCUCCUGGCCGGUGAUCCAGUCGCCAAUGCCGCCAGAGCCGCGGCGCUGAAGCCACUCGCCCCAACCCGGCCACCUAUCAGCCCGGAAUUGACCC